AAUAAAAAUAUUUUUUCAAAGAUAAGCGAUAAAUUUAGAAAAAGCUAGGUGUGUUUCGCUAUAAUUCGCGACAAGUUGACUUAUUUCUUCUAAUUUGAAACGAUUUUCGUGAUUCUACAAACAUGACCUUUAUUAAUUGACACUAUCGUGUAUUUUCAAAGUGUGGACACCAUGAACGAGUACAACUUCACUGACGUCGUUGGGUAUCGUAACGAUAUAAAAUGUACCAAACUUAAAGACUUCUUUUCACGUCAAACAUUGGAUUGCGAUCAAGAAAACCAUGAAUAUCCAGACUUGGAUUUCAUCUACUCCGACACUGAUACGCUUGCCAAUGAGGUAGCCGAACUGUACAGCUACACAGAACAACCAGAAUUCCAGUUGAACGUUAAAGCUUUCGAAGACUACAUGGAAAUGUUGAAACUGAAACCAUGUUGGAGACUGCUGACUUAUUCGGAAAAAAGUAACGUAAUCGUGACGCUUCUCGAUCAAUUGGAUGUGUUAGACAAGAACGUAAGAUUGAAAUGUGCCCGGUGUUUUCUAUACCUUUUGCAAGGAUGCUGGGUCGAAUGUCAGUCUGAUAUCGAACAACAGGUACAAGCUAAAGAAAACGUGAUACUGUUGUAUAAACACGGAGUUUUCAACGCUUUCGUUGAGCUUUUCUACUCCGAAGCUGAUAUUUGCUCAGUAGCUAUUCAACGUAAAGUAUCCGUCAAUAUAAACGAUUCGACUGAAUUGAGAGUUAUGUUGAGCAUAUUGUAUAUAUUUAUCGAAGUUAUUAGAUGUAUAGAAAAUGACGAAGGUCACGAGAAUUUAGCGAUCAAAGAAGAAUGCCAUAACGAAAUUUCGAAUCCAAUUCAAGACGAAUUACUAUCAGUUAAAUUAUUCAGCAUGGUUACUCGUUUCUGCGGUGGUAGCGCUCCUCAUUAUCCAAUCAAAAAAGUCUUACUAUUGAUAUGGAAGCUGCUCUUGUUUUCUCUGGGUGGCUCGGAAAGUUUAAAAGCCAUGAAAGCGGAGAAAAGAAAAGAAUCCGGAUUAGAAUUAUUCGAAGAAGACACCAUCGAAAUAGUCAAAACGAUGCGUGCCUCAUCGCCUCCUUCCGGCGGUGCUGAUGGUAUCGAGACUCAGAAUCAAAAACGUACCAAUCGUCAACUCAGGAGAAGUUUAAUUAAACAAAGUUCGUUGGACGAAUCUCUCAACAUGGAUUACGAAGGUCCGAUGAUGGACGAAGAAGAGUACGACGACGAAGUCAACAAAAACAACGCUAAUAACGAAAACAACGGUAACGCCGCUAAUAAUGAUGACGCAAACUCGAACGAAUCUGAUAAUUUAACCGAUAAAAGUAACAAUAACGAGACCAGUAUCAGCGAAGCAGCCAUCACAUUACCGGAAGAGCCUCCAUCGCGACCGAAAAGUAUAGAAAAAGCGCCUUCCAUACCUCAACAUAAAGGUCUUCCAUGGGUACCGAAAAUUCGACAAAAAGAUUUGGACGUUUUUCUAGAUCACGUUAGAUUGAAAUUCGUUGGGUUUACUCUGCCUGACGAUAAAGAAACCUUGAUCGGGCUUCCUCAACCGAUUCACGAAGGUGUAAAAAUACUUCGAAGAUAUGUCUACGUAUCAUUGAGCGAUGUACAAAUGGAAAGGGAAGAAAACAUUUGUAAAUAUCCGAUUUCGCAAAAAGAAGAAAAUAUACCCAAUACACCUGCCGAAAUUUUAUACCAAGCUAUGCUACCAAACAUGCAACAAAACAUUAUCGCUCUUUUGAAAGUUCUUCUCGCUGCAGCUCCUACAUCUAAAACGAAAACCGAUUCCAUAAACAUAAUGGCCGAUGUACUGCCUGAAGAAAUGCCCAUGACUGUUUUACAGUCUAUGAAAUUGGGUACCGAUGUCAACAGACACAAAGAAAUUAUCGUGAAAGCUGUCUCCGGUAUUUUAUUAUUAUUACUCAAACAUUUCAAACUUAAUCACGUUUAUCAAUUCGAGUUCCUGUCACAAUAUCUCGUUUUCGCAAACUGUAUCCCGCUGAUUUUAAAAUUCUUCAAUCAAAACAUCGGCGCGUACGUUGGCGCGAAAAACGUCAUACCGAUAUUAGAUUUUCCAUCGUGUGUAAUCGGUGAUCAACCAGAACUUACUUCCGAGAGUUUGGAAAUUGGAGACAAUCAACAGUGCAGCUGGAGAAACGUAUUCUCUUGCAUCAAUCUACUCAGAGUUUUGAAUAAAGUCACCAAAUGGAAACAUUCUCGUAUAAUGAUGCUAGUCGUAUUUAAAUCAGCUCCUAUUUUAAAACGUACGCUGAAAGUUAGACAUCCAAUGAUGCAGCUGUAUAUCCUGAAGUUACUAAAAAUGCAAACCAAGUACCUAGGAAGACAGUGGAGAAAAUCAAAUAUGAAAACCAUGAGUGCUAUUUAUCAAAAAGUACGCCAUCGUUUGAACGAUGAUUGGGCCUACGGAAACGAUAUCGAUGCCAGACCUUGGGAUUUUCAAGCCGAAGAGUGCGCCCUCAGAUCAGCCGUUGAUAAAUUCAAUAACAGAAGAUAUUUUUCUCAAAGCGACGAUCCGGAUUUCUAUUCCGUCGAUGUCGAUAUUACCAGCGUUUUAUCCACCGACGUUGAUUUGACUGAAGAAUUCAAAAAACAUUAUUAUCUAUGGGUUCAACAAGAAUUAUUCGACAAAACUAUCAAUUGGGACGAAUUACUUAACCAAGAUUCUUUAUAAAUGUAACUUACAAAAUAUCUCAAUUUUUUUAGAAUUUUUUUUUCUGAUUUAUUACGAUUAUGUUGUUUUUUUUUUAGAUUCUAUUAUUUUUAUUGAAGGCGUUUAUUUAGAAACUGAACUUUCAGCUCCUUGUAUUUUCGAUUAAUCAUCUUCAAUAGUCAUGAUCAUUUAUACAGCAUCAUUUCAAUUUUUUUUGUGUAAUCGAUAAUUUUAUGAUGUAAAUAAUUCUAUCGUGAAAAUUUGUGAAAAAUAUCAUUCAUCUGCCUAAGUAUUGUGAAUUUAAUUCACUUUGAGUAAUGAAAUAUUCGAUAAUGAUGCGAAAUUUUAGAAUUAUUGUUUUAAACAUGCGAUGUGAGAGUAAUUUUUUAUAUAAUUGAUUUCAUUUUUUGUUUAUUGAAAAAUAUCUGUUGCUUACAUAUUUAUUUGAAAUUAUGAAAUUUUACGUUUUAGAACUUUUACUACUAUUGCUAUUGCUAUUGUAAUUAUUUUGUUUUUCCUUGGCUUGAUAAAAGAUCGCGUUGUAAGAAUAAAGUUUUUGUUUUUUA